AUGGACUCACAACUAGCAUACAUGGACACUACAGAGAUCGCACAAUCCUUCGAAACCACCCAACUCGAACUUGCUUACGAGCGCGCUUUGAAAGCGGCAGAGCGCAUCUACGAAGAAGAGCGAGUGCGCGGACUGCACGUCCAGCUCCUGCUUCUCGAACACGAAAAUGACGGACUCCGGGAACAAGCCGAGAGUGGCGAAGACGAGCAGCAUCAUCUGCGGCAGACUAACGAGGAGCUUCAAGGACGUCUGGCCGAUGUCGAGGCAGACUUCCAACAAGCACAGGUGGACCUCAAGGCGCGCCUACGCGAUCUCGAGUACUUAAAAACAGAAGUCAACGUCUUAAAUGCAGCGAGCAGCGACGCAAGCAAGCUUCUUGCCGAAAAGCUGGCUUUGUCCAGAGAGCUAAACACCCUCAAGCCCGAACUAGAGCACCUCAGAUCCCAAAACUCAGCGUACCAAAGACUUCUCUCCGAAAAGCUGGCUCUGCAGCGAGAAGUCAGUUCUCUUCAAGUUGAGCUCGAGACGGAAAAACGAACCGUUCAGAGACUUAAGGCACAGGAAAAGUCCUCCAGUCGUGAAGAUUCGGAGUUGAUGGCAGAAGUCGAGAGUUUGAGAAAAGAGCUUGCGAAAAUACAGCGGGAUGCCCAGAAAACGGAAAGGGAAAGCAGGAAGAGAACGAGCGACUGGGAGAACGAGAAGGAGGUUUUGGAAGGAAAAUUGGAUGCUUUCCGUAACAAACUCCGGUCGACAAAAGACCAACUCAAGGAAGCCCAAGACGAAAUCGAGAAACUACAGGCAGCGCAGAUGGCGCAAUCUUCCGAGUUGACCAAGGCAAGACUUAACGGGUCAGGAGCUGCGGCCAAUCCUAGGAAGAGAAAUGUCGCUAGGUUUGACCCAGACAUGACCAUCGGCACACCGGGGCAUGGCGGUCAUGCGGCAAAGAAGCCUCGAAUUUCAGUGAACGUUGGCGAUAAAUCAACCUUUUCCAUCACACCCUUCCUGAACCGCACUCUUAGCAUAUUGCCAGAAACGCCGGCCGAGCACGAAGCUGAGGGUUCAAAGGACGACAACGGAAGCGCCACUCAGCGCGUGGAUGGGUUAGUCGAGGAAGAGGGCAAGUCGGCCCUGGUUCAGCCGCUGAAGAAAAAGCAAGCAGUUGCGAAAAGAUCGACCGGACCAGCUUCCAGGCGAAAAGGCGUCCAGCCUCUGAAAGAUACGACCAAUUCAAAGGCAAAUGACACAUUGAAAAAUCCACUUCCUGAUAAAGUCAUUGAACAGGAUUCGAAUAUGGAAAGUGACGGAGAAGAUACGCAUAACAGUGAAAGCCAGAGGACGAACAAGGAGAAUACAGAAGGACAGACAACUGACACCAUGGGUUCGGAUACAGAACAGCCUCUCAAAAAGAAGAGGACAUUGGCCAAGCGAGCCAAUAUCUUUGACGAAGAAGAGAGCGCGCCCGCACCGAAGAUCAGGAGCCUAGGGGGCGGGCUCGCCGGUAAAGGGGGGGUGUUGGGUCGCGUCAAUCUGAAGGCAAAAUCUGUGGGUAAAGCGAAACCACUGGCCGAUUUCUCGCCUCUUAAGAAGGACCGAAGGAUUGCUAGUGUUGUUCAUUGA